AUGGACGACAAUGACGACACUCGGGACACAAUCGAGCGCCCAGGAGUGCUCCGUCAGGGAUGGAAGCAGAACGGCCGCGUGACAAUUGCCUGCACCGCAUGCCGCACCCAGCAUCUCCGCUGCGACGCCGCCCAGCCAGUCUGCUCGCGAUGCCGCGCCCUCAACAAGCCGUGCGUGUACACCAACGUGCGGCGGAGUCGUCGGAAGGUGGCAAAGGUCUGGGACAGUUCGCCAUCGGAGCCCAGAGCCCGGCAUGAAGAUGUUCACGAUGGCAUACAAACAACCGACAUACGUGAUGUCGCCAUCCCGACACAACAAGGACCAUCGAACCCGCCUCACCGGCGGACAGGUGCAUCCUCGGCGCCAUUCGUCCCCAACUGCUCCGUCGAGGCCAGCUCCGCCAUUGAUGGAUUCUACUCGUACUUCUUCCCUGGCCAUCCGUUCGUGCUCCCGAGGACUUCCUUCAUCUCUCAGGUCGACCGCGACCCUGCUUCGGUGGCCGACUUGCUCCCAGCCAUGGCACUGGUCGGCUCUCUGUAUCUCCGCGAUGCGCGAUCGUCGUCGUACAGACAGGGCGUUGAGCAGGCACUGUGUCAGCAACUACCGCCGACAGGAUUCUCCGUUCAGGCCCUCAUGCUCUUUGCCCUCGUCCUGGAGUGGAGCGGUGAGAAUGAGCGCGCGGAAUCGACAUUGGGGCAGGCCAAAUCGUUGGCGUUGUCGAUUCAGAUGAACCAGAAGCCCUUUGCAACAAGACACGGUCAGGGCAUCCCAGUGAUGGAGGAGUGUUGGCGGCGGACAUGGUGGGAGCUCUAUGUAAUUGACGCUCUCUUUGCUGGCAUCCGCCACCAGCCCACCUUUGAUCUCUGGAACGUCGACACGGAUGUUGAUCUGCCCGGAGAAGAGGCAGAUUACAUUGAGGCCAAUAUCGCGUCGCCUCGCACGCUUACGGAGUACGAGGACCGCGGCUUCGACCAAGUAGACGUCCCGUUUUCUUCCUUCGCGUACCUGGUUGAUGCGGCCCGCAUCCUGGGAACCACGCUGGCAGCCGGGGACGUCGCUGGCGGGUCGCCCGUCGCCCUGGUCAAGAAUGCCGAGGCCAACAUUAUGAGCUGGGACCUGCACCUACCGCAGAGCAAGCGAGACCCCGUCCGUCCCAACGGAUCCGUCGACGAGGUGCUCUUCCGGGCGCACAUGGUCAUCAACACGCAAUGUUGCGGCACACCUACACAGGCCGAGGUCACUCCUCCAUUACAGCACAAUGGAGCUCCUGUGCUCCAAGCCAUUCGUGCAGCCAUUGCUUUCAUUGACCUACUCACGGUACCCGCGUCGGCGACUUCGCACAGCCCCUUCGUCAUGUGCAUGGGCUCCAUGGCGAUGGCGACGCACAUGUCGGCGUGCGAGCUCCUGCUUCGCGGUGACGACUACGCGCAUGCGCGGGACCGUGUGCGUGUCUUUCUCGGCAUCCUGCGCGCGUUUGAAGGAGUGUGGCCACAAGCAUGCAAAUGGUCCGGCGAGAUGAGGCUCAUGGCCAAGGCGGUGUUCGCGAACCGUGACCGGGACGGAAACCUCCUUUCAGAUCCACUGGGGGCGUUGACCCAAAGCUUGGGCGAUGGGUUCCAGGGGGUCCGGGUUGAGGAUUUGGGCACCGGAAGCUCAGGAGAUGACUUGGACAUGCUGCUCACUGAUGCAAACUUCGGCGAGAUUAUUAUCUAG